AUGGCACCAAGUCGCGUCGAGAACGUCAUUUGGCAAACUUUGGCGUUGUGUACAGAACAUGAGUAUAAAAUCCUUUUUUUUGUUCAUGAAAGUAAUACUUUGUCUCCCUUAAACCUCUCAGGCUCUCAGUAGAGUUGCUUAAAAUCUUGGUCCGAGAUUGCAAUCAAUUUGGAAUGCAAAGAUGCGACAGCUAAGGCAUUUUUCAUCAUAUAUUCACAGGUGAACAGCUAGUUGAAGACUUGAAGUCCUGGAUCGAAGCAUGGCAUCCGAGCCUAAACCUCCCAGGUAAAUGUGAGCUUUACUUAUGGCUAUUUGAGUCGGUUAAACAAAUCGUUGUAUUUUCAACAUCUGUUAUGUUUGGAAAAGGAAUAUUUCGCGGACACUAAACUUGAUUUCAUUCAGUCGAAGCAUUGAAUGUAAGCUUAGUUAUGCUUAUACUCCUGUUAUUUUAUUUUUAGCCCGUUAUGUUUUGGUCAAACGAGCAUGACGUGUUCUUGUGCCGAGAAGUGGUAAAUUUAGACCCUUUUACGUCCAAAAAAGGAUCCAAUCAAAGAAGCGGGAAGUGGGAGAAAAUAGCUCAAACUUUUAACGAAUAUACCGUACUGAGAUUCAGCGUUGACAAGCGAUCGGUUCGCGACCACAUAGGGAUUCUCGUCAACAAGGAUAAAAGAAAACUCAGAGCCAAGGAGAAGGCAUCUGGUAUAGCGCCCGGCGAGCCAAGCGAGCUGGAAAAUCUUUUGGACACUAUCAUCGCUUUAGAAAAAAGU